CCAUUGUUUGGAUAGGAUAACACAAUUGUACAGAGCUCAAGAUUUUGAAGACCCCACUGAUCACGCUCACUAUCCUCUCUCCUUCACUACUCUUUCCAACCAUUCUUCUUCCCCUACAAUAUUGCACAGCAACAGAAUCUUGUGGAAUAGCAAGAAAGAAGGAAUGGUCUCUUUUUCUUCAACACUUCCAUCUUUGGUUUCACUGAUUCCUUCACCAUCUUCCAUUGCCAAUGCCUCCAGAUACCCUCCUCAAGCUGGUAUGAUUUGUUGCAAGUUUGGACCAGAGCUUAACAAUGAGGAUCGUUGCUUUCGUAGACGUGAUGUUCUUCACUCCUUUGGAGCAGCAGUAGGGAUGGACUUGAUAGCAAGAUCCAGCUCGUUCGUUGAAGUAGCUAAUGCUGCUGAUCUGAUACAACGCAGACAGCGUUCAGAGUUUCAAUCAAAGAUCAAGGGAAUUCUUUAUGAAGCUAUAAAGGGAAAUCCAGAUAUCGUUCCAUCCAUACUAACGUUAGCACUUAAUGAUAUCAUGACUUAUGAUAAGGCAACAAAAUCUGGGGGUCCCAAUGGAUCAAUACGUUUCAGCUCAGAGAUCAGCAGACCAGAAAAUAAGGGGCUUGCUGCUGCUAUGAAUUUGUUGGAGGAAUCAAAAAAGGAGAUAGAUUCAGAUUCCAAAGGUGGACCCAUCUCAUAUGCAGAUCUCAUCCAGUUAGCUGCACAAAGUGCAGUCAAAUCAACCUUUCUCGCUUCUGCAAUUCGCAAAUGUGGUGGUAAUGUAGAGAAGGGAUCUUUGUUAUACAGUGCAUACGGUUCUAACGGACAGUGGGGCCUAUUUGAUAGGCAAUUUGGGAGGUCAGAUGCACAGGAGCCUGAUCCAGAGGGAAGGGUGCCUCAGUGGGAUAAAGCAAGUGUGCAAGAAAUGAAAGACAAGUUCAAAGCUGUUGGCUUUGGCCCUCGUCAGCUAGCAGUAAUGUCUGCAUUCAUAGGUCCUGAUCAAGAUGCAACAGAGGCCCUACUCGCCAACGACCCAGAAGUUCUUCCGUGGGUUCAGAAGUACCAAAGGAGCAGGGAAACAGUUUCUCGAACUGAUUAUGAGGUAGACUUGAUUACUACUCUCACAAAAUUAAGCUGCUUGGGACAACAAAUAAACUAUGAGGCAUAUAGUUAUCCUGUCCAGAAAAUUGAUGUUACCAAACUCAAGUUGUAGAAAGGUGGCAGCUGAGGUUUUUGCACUAUGAAUGCACUGAGCACAACGCAGAAACAUAUGCUUACAGGUCUACACAUUUUAACUGAGAGGUUUAGGAGGCAGAUUUUUUUCCGUGCGAGGGGAUAGAAACUGUUUACUUAGAAUUGUAUUUGCAAUCAGAUUUUCCCAAUCACUGUAACAUAAACAGGUGUGUUUCAUCUGUACUUCUGUACAACUCUUCACGUUUUGUGUUUCAAGAUCUUUCAUGCUUCAACAAACUACAUAUUUGGUUACAAGGGCAAUCC